AUGUCUGAGAAAUUUAUUGACCAGUCGCCCACCAAGAAAAAACGUAGAGGCAGACCUCCAACAAAGCCAAAACAGGAGAACAGAGUGGGAGAAAGCACGCUGAACUUUGCCAUCAGCUCUAAUAUCAGCGCUUCCAACAAUUCAGCAGCUACUAUCCGCCAAGGUGCCAUUUGCUCAACCCCCGUGAUGAAAGUGAGUCCUGGGCAACGCCGAUCGGGCUCCAGCGGCUCGUCGUUGCACACGCCAACGCCCAAGCGCCGGAAACAAGCGCCGGGUCUGGUUACCAUACAAGAAACAGGAAUUUCAAAAGCCCACCAGGAGCUGGCAUCCAUAACCCAGAGGGAAAAGGGUUAUUUGGACUCGUCGCCAAUAACCUCGUCGUCCGGGUCGUCGCCAUCGGCCUCGGGACUGCAAAGCUCGCCAAUAAACACAUCGCCGCUCAACUCGUCCGACCAGCUCAUGAAACAUGACUCCCGCACCGCAGAUUUGAACCCUUCGCUUUUGCAGCCAGACAUCCUUGCACCAAAGACUCCAAGAUCGAACGCUACGCCGUCUUUGAAGCUGCCCCCAUCGACUCCUAUAUCGCACUUUUCGCACGUUUUAAGUUCGUCACCGAUGUAUACCCACUGGUAUGCACAGACCCCGCACGGUCGCGUGGCCUCGACCCCAAACAGUCUAGUGCCUAAGCCUCUUCGGUUUGAAGAGCUCAGACCACAGGGUCCUGGCACAACGCAGAAUGCGGGUCUCGGAAUUUUGGGCAUGCGCAAUAAGUCGAUGCCUCUUGGACAGGAGUCCGGGAUCGUACAGCUACAAAACAAGUUACGCAAAACACAGUCAAUGAACGAUAUAGGGGCCGACAAACACAACUUUCAAGUCACUGUCCAGCUGGACAGUAAAGGCAAGGCAAUGGUGGUGAAGAAGAGAAGACGUGUAACGGCUGUGCCUUCCCCCGCAAUGUAUGGGACGCAUUUCGCAGGAGAUACGAUGUACAGCAUGGAACCACCUCCGGGUCUAAAAAUAGGGGUUGAUCCGUUUGUUGUUGGGAUAUCUGCCAAUGAAAUGGAGAUGAAAUCGCCUUACAUGAUGGCCGAGGAGUUGAGUAACGCUGCACGAUUACGUAGUGACGCCCGUUUUGCGCUGCGGGAGCUUUUGAAAGACCUAUGA